CUUCUCCCUCUUCUUCUCUAUAUGAAUUGAUCAUUGAACACUCUUUAACAUGUUACAAUCGAAAAACAAAGUGUUCAAGGUCGUAAGGAAGAUGAUUUUUCAAUAUAAGAUUUGCAAAGCAGAUUGAAUGAAACGUACAGUUAAGUAUACUCUUUCGAACGAUAUUUACUGGUGCUCGUGUAUUUGAUAUUUUUCUUUUAAAUAAAAAGAAUAAAUUUAUAUUCGAUGAAAUUGACGAAUAAUCUUUCGUUUUCAAUCGCGUCGUUUUAAAAUUACCGAAAUUAUAUACAAAUAGAAUUCUCGUUCAACGUUCUUAUGAAUAAUUAUAAUGAAUGAAUUCAAUGUAGAAUUUACAUUUUCAAACCGUACGACUUCAUACGCCAUAUACAUUUAUUAGUGUAGUUUAAUACCGGCAGUUAUGGAGACAUAGUUUGGUCGAAGAAAAAUAUCGGUCGAAAUAAUAGAUUGUCUUAAUAUAUAUAUUACGUAAUAAAGUUCGAACAGAUUAAUAAGAGUUCUAUUAUUUUUAGUGAUUGUAUCAAAUUAUAUUUAUAAAAAUGGAUUUUUUACAUGUUACAUAUAAAAACUUCAUAGAAAACGUAGAUAAACGUUUGACAUCAUGGUUACUGGUUCAUUCGUCGAGUACAGUACCAAUGAUCAUUGGAAUUUAUAUCAUAUUACUAUUAGUUAGUAUGAAAUAUAUGAAAAAUAAAAAGGCGUAUUCCUUGAAAACAUUUAUAUACUGCUAUAAUAUAUUUCAAAUUAUAGCUAAUAGUAUUAUAAUAUAUAUAUACAUAGAUGGAGGAUGGUAUACAGAUAUAUUUAUUUAUUGUGCACCUGUUACGUAUACAACGGAUCCCGCACCUAUGAAGAUAGCAUCUGGGAUGUGGUGGACGUUGAUUUUAAAACUUAUCGAUCUGAUCGAAACGGAAAUAUUCGUGCUGCGAAAAAAAAAUAGUCAAAUAACGUUUUUGCACGUGUAUCACCAUAUAUCAACGGUGUUGCUAAUGUGGCUUGGUGUAAGAUAUUUCGCAGGAGGAAUGGCUUGUUUCUUGCCGUUAGUAAAUUGUAGCAUACACGUUAUUAUGUAUACAUAUUACUUUCUAUCAUCGUUGGGUCCAAAAAUACAAAAGUUGAUCCUCCCCUAUAAGCCUAUUCUUACUAUUACUCAAAUGAUACAAUUUGUGGUACUGCUGUUACAUCUCUUUCAAGCAUUUCUACCGAGUUGUAACGUGCCGAAAUUACCAGCUUUUGUUACGUUUUUUGAUAUAAUUAUCAACUUUUUAUUGUUUUAUAAUUUUUAUCAGAAAAAUUAUAAGAAUCCAAAAGUGAAGAGUAAAUAAAUAAAAGGAGGGAUAAAAGCAAUCGUAAUUUAUAUCAUCUAUUUAAAUAAAAGAAUUAUACCGUUCGAUAAGAAUCUUUUAUUGAAAUGUGAUAUAAUUCGUA